UUGCGACGCCCUAGAGCUCGGCUCCGUCGCCGAUGGAUGGCUUCUCUUCUUCACAUAGAGACACACACCACGGCGGUGCCGCAGCGGUGCGGGAUUAUUGAUUAAUUGAUUGACACUUUCCCCCUCCUUGUCUCAUUCAAUUUCUCAAUGGCCAUGGCGAUGUUGUUGCUGCGGGCGUUGGCUCGCCGAGAGGCGGAGAAGAGAUUACCGUCUCUUCUCGCGAAACAUGCCUCGCAGCUCGCGGCUCAUAGCGACAAGAGGCGCGUGGAGGAAGCGGGCGCCAUGGCGGAGCGAUGCCUCUCCACCAUCGCCAGGGAGGCGGAGGAUCUCACGGGCAAGGGUUGGAGUGCGGUGGAUGUGUUGUGGAGGCGCGGGUUUAGUAGCGGGAUCGGGGAGGCGGGAGGAGGAGGGGGCGUCGCUGAGGCGGGGAAGAGUGGAGGAGGAGGAGAGGCGGAUGUUGCUUUAGCGGAAGGGAAUGUCGAGAAGCCGAAGAGAGUUGGGCGGCCGCGGAAAUUAGGCGAGGAUGGCGGUGCGAAACCUAGGAGGAAGCCGAGAGCGACGAUGAAGAAGCUUGAGGCGGAAAUUGCAGCCAAUGAGGCUGCUAGUGGAUCUGGGAGUCCGGUUGUGAAGUCCAGAGUGACGAAGAAAAGAUCGGCAGCGGCGGAGUCCGUGGCUGUCAAGGAUUCAGUGAAUGCUGCCGUUUCUAGCUCUGAUGUUUCUAAUUUUGACACUGGUGUAGUGCCUCAAUUUGGCGAAGGGUUCGGUAGUUUUGAUAGUCAGGAAGAGAUUAAAAAUCGUGUUUCUAGUGAGUUGAAUUUGGACACAGGUGAGAAAAGCUCCAAUGCAAUUUUGUCGUCCAUUGUGGAAGAUGGAGACUCGUUUGCGCGUAGUUCGAGUUCAUCGGAAAUUGCUGCGAGUCAUUUAGAGAGAGAAGAGUUGAGUAGCCUUUUGCCCGCUUUGAAGGGAGCUCCGCAGAAUGGAACGAGUCAGGAAUCGAGGGACGGUCCUCCGCGCACAGCACCUAGAUUCCCUAAGCUGGAUCUUACUUCAAAGCAGCGCAGCAGCAGAGUGGAGCUGGACGGGGAAGAGAAGAGCAAUGAAAGGGAAUUAAAGGUCGAGGUCCCUCCUCAGUACAGUGAUCCGCACAAAGUGUUCCAGAUGCUGCUGCAGGCUAGACCGGGGGCCUACACUAGCGCAGAGAAAGCUCGACUCAGUUGGAUUUUUCAUCGAUUUGCUGAAUCAGGGUGGGUGUCGGACCAAGCAUUGGCAUUGUAUAUAAACUCGAAGUUUUUUCCAACAGCAGUCUCGCGCUUUCGGAAAUUCUUUUCUAGCCGAGCGACGCCGGAGCUGAGAGGACUUCUGAUACAAAUGGGCCCCUCCAACGCUGCUCUCAAAUUUCUCUUCCCAAUUUUUGCAGAGUUCUGUAUUUCAGAGUUUUCUGCUGAAAUUAAUCGAUAUCGAGAGCUCGUUAGUACAGCUGAUCUCACCAAGCCGGAUGCUUGGUACCCUUUUGCCCGGGCAAUUAAGCGGAAGAUUAUUUAUCAUCAGGGUCCUACUAACAGCGGGAAGACAUAUAUGGCUCUCAAGCGGUUCAUGGAGGCGUCUAAUGGAAUUUACUGCAGUCCACUACGCCUUCUUGCUAUGGAGGUGUUUGAUAAGGUCAACGCUGAAGGCAUCUACUGCAAUCUUCACACGGGACAAGAGAAGAAGGUUUUGCCUUUUGCAAAUCAUCUAGCAUGCACUGUAGAGAUGGCUUACCUGAGCAAGCAGUGGGAAGUUGCGGUAAUUGAUGAAGUUCAGAUGAUGAGCGAUGAGUACAGAGGUUGGGCAUGGACACGAGCAUUUCUAGGACUUCAGGCGGAUGAGAUUCACGUCUGUGGUGAUCCAAGUGCCGUCCCUUUGUUGCGUAGCCUGUGUGUUGCAACCGGAGACGAAUUGAUUGAAAAUGAGUACGAGCGAUUCAAGCCUUUGAGAUUGGACUCUAAAUCGCUCAAUGGUGAUUUUUCGAACGUUGAAGCCGGGGACUGCAUAGUUGCUUUCUCUCGGAAGGAUAUCUUUGAUGUGAAGCGGGAAGUGGAACUAGCAACAAACCAAAAGUGCUGUGUCGUCUACGGUGCCCUUCCACCUGAGACAAGGACUCAGCAGGCCAAGUUGUUCAAUGACCCAAAUAGUGGAUAUGACGUCCUUGUUGCAAGUGAUGCUGUGGGCAUGGGCCUGAAUCUCAACAUCAGAAGAGUCGUCUUCUAUUCUCUAGACAAGUUUGAUGGUGAUGCAAAGAGGCCUAUUCCAGCUCCUCAGGUGAAGCAAAUUGCGGGGAGGGCGGGACGCCGAGGGAGUAUAUUUCCAGAUGGUGUGACCACCGCUUUCUACUCGCAGGACAUACCGUAUCUGGAGCAAUCGUUACAGCAGUCUUUUGAGCCCGCCACUGCGGCAGGUUUAUUUCCUGUAUAUGAACAGGUUGAGCUUUUUGCAAGUCAAUUGCCGGAGAUUUCAUUUGCUCAAUUGUUGGAGAGAUUUGCGGAGACAUGUCGGUUGGAUGGUUCAUACUUCCUUUGCCGCUAUGAUAAUUUGAAGAGAGUAGCUAGUGUACUUGACAAGGUGAAAGGACUGUCACUGGAAGAUCGCUUCAACUUUUGUUUUACUCCUGUCAAUGUCCGGGACCCGCAGUCUUUGGGCGCUUUGUAUCGUUACGCAUUGGCAUUUAGUCAGAAGAUACCUGUGGUUGUACAAAUGGGUGCACCUCUCAACUCUGCUCGUGAUGAGUUUGAACUUAUGGACCUGGAAACUCGACAUCAGGUGCUAUCCAUGUAUUUGUGGCUAAGUCAGCAUUUCCCAGAGGAGCUUUUUGUUCAAAAAGCCAAGGCUGCAGAGAUGGCUACUCAUAUUGCUACUCUUUUAGGCCAAUCCCUUGUGCAGUCUGCUGGACGGUGGCAUGGCAGACAGAGGAAGGCGGGUCCGAAGAAAUCUGGUCGUUCUCCAAUGGCGAAGCCAGGCCUGAAAUUCAAGCCUUCAUACAAUAACGAGAGACAAUUGAAAAACGCGUACGCUGUCAGCUGAGUAUGAUGACAUUUGAGGAAUCAGCUACUUCAUUUCUGCUCCCUUCUAAUGGUGCUUCAGUCUUUCGACUAAGAAUCUCCAGAGUGUAGCGAAUUUAAUUGGAGCAACUCAUUGCAAGAGAGUCUACAGGCUCUUAUGAGGGGGAAGAGCCAUUAAAAAGGAAUGGCGAGACUGCCGAUCCAUGGAUACGGGGUUCACAAUUCUGCUUCCUUUCAAAAUUAUUCUUGCAGGAAAUUUACCGCUGAGAGUCGAGACUUUGCCGUGCCCUGAAGGAAUAGGUGCUUUUCAUAGCCUUAAAACACCUUGGAGCUGGCUUCAGGAAACAUUUUGUGGGUUUAAAACUUGGCAAAUCCUCCAGUUUCAUUGGCAAAAUUUUCCAGUUUAACUAUUGGACGUGGGCUUAGUGCACUCCGUCUCUCAAAGGGGUUUAUAUGUAAACCCAGAUCAAAUUCUUCAAUGAAAACCUCAUUCCAACUGAAGUCCCCUUAGAAAAGGGUGAGAUCACAGUCUAACUUUCUCUUUAAUUCAAAUGAUUGAAUGCAAAUUGUUUUUGCUUCAGUUUCAACGUUAUUUCA